AUGAGUCUGCAUGAGAUUGGUAAAGAAACCAAUAGCGACAAAGAACUCCAGAAACUUCGCGCCGCUAUUCGCUCAGGUGCGUGGGAAUCGGUCGAUUUGUCAUAUCGAGCAAUCAAAGAAGAACUUUCGAUCGGUGCUCAGAAUAUUAUUCUUAGAGGCUCAAGAAUAGUCAUUCCUCUAUCUUUACGCCAAAAGGCAAUUGACAUCGCGCAUGAAAGUCAUCAGGGACUGUCCAAAACAAAAGCUAUGAUCAGAGAGAAAGUGUGGUUCCCAAAAAUAGAUGACUUAGUUAAAGCAACGAUUGAUUCUUGCCUUGCUUGUCAAGCAACAGGUAAAGAAAACAGACCAGAGCCAUUGCAAUUGAGUGAAUUACCAACAAAACCAUGGGAGAAACUACACAUAGACUAUUAUGGACCACUGCCAACAGGUGACUAUCUGGUAGUCAUUAUUGAUCGUUACUCGCGUUUCCCAGAAGUAGAAGUUGUUUCCUCUACAAAAGCUUCAACACUUAUACCUAAACUAGAUCGUAUCUUUGCUGUGCAUGGAAUUCCCGACAAGAUACAGACGGAUAAUGGCCCUCCUUUCAAUGGAGAUGAAUUCAAGCGUUAUUUACACAUAUUGGGAAUAAAACAUGACCGAAGUACUCCAAAUGGCCACAAGCAAACGGAGAGGUCGAACGUUUCAACCAGCCGCUAG